AAAAUCCGGAAAGUGCAGUCCGUAAUCGUAACCCUAAUUUCAUCCUCUCGUUUUUUUGUUUCCUUUAUCCGGCGACCGGCGAUCGGAGAGUUUCUCGUCGUUUUUUUUUUCUAUAUCAAGUUGUUCAGCAUGGAUGAUUAUCAGGAGAUGGAGAGGUUUGGUAUGGAGAACGAUUUUGAAGAUGGACAGUGGAUCGGUGGUGAAUUCUACUAUCGGAAACGGAAAGAGAAGAAGCAAGUCCAAACCAAGGAUGAUACGCUCUAUGGUGUUUUUGCUUCUGGUGAUAGUGAUUCUGACUAUGAAGGAUCAUCUUCUAAGAAGCGAAAAAAAGGUUUUUCAUCGAAACCUGACCUAACCAAACCUGUUAAUUUCGUAUCAACUGGAAUUGUUAUGCCUAACAAAGAAAUUGAUCAGAAUUCCAAAGAGGAGAAUGAGGAGCAGCUAAUGCCAGAAGAAGAGAAUAGAGGUUUAGGAUUGGGAUUUGGGGCAGCAUCUGCUGGGGGCCUUGGAUUUGGUACUGGUAGCAGUUCGAAUAAUAAUAAUAGUAAUGCUGAUGAGGUUGAAGCUGAUGGAGGAAACUUUCUGCCCACUGCUUUUGGUAGGAAGAUCAAAGAAGGUGCUCUAAGACGUGAGAAGGAAAGGGAAAAGGAGAAAUCUAUGUUGGCGAAGAAAUCUUCGGCGUCUGAAUCAGGGAGAAGGGAAACUGGUGGUGAUGUUGGUGGCUUUGAGAAGUUUACCAAAGGAAUAGGGAUGAAGUUGCUUGAGAAGAUGGGUUAUAAGGGAGGUGGGUUGGGUAAAAAUGAGCAAGGAAUUGUGGCUCCGAUUGAGGCGAAGCUGAGACCUAAGAAUAUGGGAAUGGGAUUUAAUGACUACAAGGAGACUAGUAGUGCACCAGCUCUUCAAGAAUCAGAUGGAAAGCAGACUGUUGCUCGUCCUGCUAUACUACCUGUGGAAGGUCGAUCAAAAGAGAAGCUUUGGUCAAAGCAAGCUAAAAAAGUGAAGAAGGUUUAUGUUACAGCUGAAGAGUUGUUAGCCAAAAAGCAGGAGCAAGGCCUGGAAACUGUUCAGAAGGUGUUUGAUAUGAGAGGUCCACAGGUUCGAGUCUUGACGAAUCUGGAGAACUUGAACGCAGAAGAAAAAGCAAGGGAGAAUGAUGUUCCUAUGCCUGAACUUCAGCAUAAUAUCAGGUUGAUUGUGGACUUGGCAGAACUUGACAUACAAAAGAUUGAUAGUGAUUUGAGAAAUGAGAUGGAGACAGUUGUUGCUUUGCAAAAGGAGAAGGAGAAGCUCCAAGCUGAGGCAGCUCGUCAAAAAAGGCAGUUUGAUAAUAUGGAAGAGAUUGUAGGUAUAUUGGACCGGAUAGGGGAAGAGAGCACAUCUGGUACCCUGACGCUAGACUCCCUUGCAAAAGCAUUUGCAGACUUGCAGCAGCAGUAUGUUGAGGAAUACACACUCUGCAACUUGUCAAGCAUAGCGUGCUCAUACGCUCUGCCUUUGUUCAUUCGAAUUUUUCAGGGAUGGGAUCCACUUCAAACUCCAACACAUGGACUGGAGGUGGUUUCACUGUGGAAGGAUCUUUUGCAAGGUAAUGAUAUUUUUGCUAUCUCUGAUGCUGCAUCUCCUUAUACUCAACUAUUUAUGGAAGUUGUGUUCCCUGCUGUUAGAAUAUCUGGCACCAAUACCUGGCAGGCUAGGGACCCUGAACCAAUGCUUCGUUUUUUGGAUUCUUGGGAGAAGCUAUUGCCUUCUUCAGUUCUUCAGUCAAUACUGGAAACCAUUAUUUUGCCCAAGUUAUCAGCUGCUGUGAACUCCUGGGAUCCACGUCGAGAAACAGUUCCAAUACAUUCCUGGGUUCAUCCAUGGUUGCCCUUAUUGGGUCAAAGAUUGGAAAGUUGCUACCACACUAUUCGUAGUAGAUUCGAAAGUGUACUGCAUGCUUGGCACCCAAGUGAUAUGUCUGCAUACUACAUACUGUCUCCUUGGAAGACUGUUUUUGAUGCAACGAACUGGGAAAAACUAAUGGUCCGGUUUAUAGUUCCAAAGUUGUUAGCAGUGAUGCAUGAAUUCCAAAUAAAUCCAGCAAAUCAGAACCUUGAUCAGUUCUAUUGGGUCCGUACUUGGGCUACUGCUAUUCCCAUCCAUCACAUGCUUCCAAUACUGGAUAUAUUCUUUAACAAGUGGCAAGAAGUUUUGUACCACUGGUUAUGCUCAAAUCCGAACUUUGAAGAAGUCACGAAAUGGUAUUUGGGUUGGAAGGAACUUAUUCCACCUGAACUUCAGGCAAAUGAACACAUUCGCUAUCGACUGAAUCUUGCUCUAGAAAUGAUGAACCGGACUGUUGAAGGCUUGGAGGUCGUUCAGCCUGGUUUGAGGGAGAACAUAAGUUAUCUUAGGGUUCUUGAACAAAGGCAAUUUGAGACUCAGAAAAAAGCAGCAGUACAAGCUCAAUCCCGCCCUUCUGUGGGCUCAAACAGUGGUAUCCAAAUGGAUGGUGGGGUUGACAUGAGCAUGAAAGAAGUUAUAGAAGUUCAUGCUCAAGAGAAUGGUUUGCUGUUCAAGCCUAAGCCUGGCAGGAUGCAAGAUGGUCAUCAGAUAUAUGGUUUUGGUAACAUUAGUAUUAUUAUAGAUUCUCUCAAUCAGAAGGUAUUUGCACAAGUUGAGGACAGGUGGUCUUUUGUGUCACUUGAGCAACUGUUGGACCUGCAUAAUCGAUCUGGGUCAAAGCGUCGAUAGAUGUCUUAAGUUCUUACAUGUUGUGUAUGUAAGCAACUCCAGCCUCUGAUAGAUGUCUUCAUGGAUAUUUCUGCAGUGGAUCUCUUAGUAUGCCAUAGUAAGUCAUGAGAAUGUUAAACACAUCUUUUCACUAGUGGCAUUUUAUCUGCUCCUUUAAUGACCUUACACCCUACUUCGGCAUCCAGGCAAAAUCACUAUAAAUGAGGGAGAUGUGAGUGCCAAUCUUUCUAACUCAGAUACCAGUCCUUUAAAAGUUUUGCUUAGAUGUUGUAUUGUAAUUGUUUGUGAUUUUCUUUAUAAGAAGUAUUAAAUGUUCCAUAAACUUUGUAACUGUUUCA